UCAGAGCCCUGAGGAGAGGAGGCCAGUCCCUGGACAAGGAAGCUGUGUCAGGCCCAGGCAGUAGCAGCGCUGAGCAUGGGGCCACGUGCCUCGAGGGGCAGCCCAAGGUCACCGGACCUCCUGCUGCCCGUCCUCAGCUGAGCUCAGACAGCCUGCGGGGCACUCAAGUCUCCCUCUGCCAAACCAGGACUCAGUCCCCAGUCUGCUCACCUGGAGACGCCAACUGGACUGCUGUCUCAUCCCCAGACCCCAUGGCCCUGACCACGGCGGGGACACAGCCCUCACUAGGGGAGGUGGCAGGGAUCCCCCUGCCGGCCACCACCGUGGACAACUGGCACCAGAUCCAGGGCUUUGAGGCCCAGUCAGACGACCUCCUCAUUUGUACCUACCCUAAGUCAGGGACCACGUGGAUCCAGGAAAUUGUGGACUUGAUUGAGCAGAGCGGGGAUGUGGACAAGUGUCAGCGGGCGGCCAUCCAGCACCGCCACCCAUUCCUCGAGUGGGCCCGGCCGCCCCAGCCCUCCGGUGUGGAGAAGGCCAGAGCGAUGCCCCGGCCCCGGGUGCUGAGGACCCACCUCCCCACCCAGCUGCUGCCUCCAUCCUUCUGGGAAAGCAACUGCAAGUUCCUCUAUGUUGCUCGAAAUGCCAAGGACUGUCUGGUUUCCUACUACCACUUCCAGAGGAUGAACCGGACACUUCCCGACCCGGGCACCUGGGACCAGUACUUUGAAACCUUCAUCAGUGGAAAAGUCGCGUGGGGGUCCUGGUUCGAGCAUGUGAGAGGCUGGUGGGAGCUGAGAAACAAUGUCCGGAUGCUCUUUCUCUUCUAUGAGGACAUCAAGAGGGACCCAAAGCAGGAAAUUCAGAAGGUGAUGAAGUUCAUGGAGAAGAACUUGGAUGGAGCAGUGCUGGACACCAUUGUCCAGGAGACGACAUUUGAGAAGAUGAAGGCAAACCCCAUGACCAACCGUUCCACGGCUCCCAAGACCAUCCUGGACCAGUCCAUCUCCCCCUUCAUGAGGAAAGGAAUCGUGGGGGAUUGGAAAAACCACUUCACGGUGGCUCAGAAUGAGAGAUUUGAUGAAAUCUACAGGCAAAAGAUGGAAGGAACCUCAAUCAACUUUUGCACGGAGCUCUGAGUCAAAUAGCAAUAAAGAGGCAGCUAUCAGGAUACAGCCUCAUCCUUCAUCCUGACCCAAGAGCCUCAGAAAGCAGGCUGUCCACCAACUCUGCGCUCAUCUCAACCAUUCUUUCCAAAGUAAGAAACUAGAUGGAUUUAUAAACUAAGUCAAAUACAAGACUUGAAUACUGCAAGGACUUCUAAAUUUUCCAUUAUUCUGAAAAGUGCAUCCUAGUUCUCUAGUCUGUGACAUAAUUAUAUCUUCAGUGUCCGUGUGCAAAUAGUUGGCUACAUCUCUACUGAGAGUAUGAAACCUCUGACGUCAGGAACUCCAGCUGUGCUUGGUCCCGGGUCCCAACUGGUCACUGUGGGAAGGGACACUUGGAGGAUGGGGCCAGUGCGCAGUCCUGAGGGUUCACGUUCUGAUGUCCUUCCCUGGGACAAAGGGGAAGGGGCAAAGGGGAGGGACCAGAUACUAAUGCCUGACCUGAAGAGUCCUGGUGCUGAGUUGCCUAGGAAACAGAAAGCUCAGGCAGUGAAUUUUAAUGGAAGAGGGACCUAGGAGACAGGGGAGUGGCAUCAAGUGUCAGCCCAGACACGGUGGUCGGAUUUGGAGGCACCAGAGUCUCACUCCAAGAGCCGGGCCCUCCGGGGACCCCGUCAGCACCUGGGCCCUUCUUGCUCCCACAUUAGCUCUGCUGCUCUGUCCACACUCAGCAAUUCACUUGUCUGUACCCACACUAGGUCUUAAAGUCUUUUGUGUCUGGUCCCACAUCUUAGUCAACAUUCACUCCAGCACUUAAGGCAGCACCUGGCCUGGAACGUGUGUGCAGAAAGUGCUUGAGGGCCAGUGGAUGGCAUGAGGGUCAAUGACCACAGGAAAAUAGGCACAUGGCAGGUCACCAGUUUCCAGCUUCCAGAGAAGUUGGAACUAAAAGUCCCAACUUUCAGAGAAGGCAAUGGCACCCCACUCCAGUAUUCUUGCCUGGGAAAUGCUAUGGACAGAAGAGCCUAGUGGGCUGCAGUCCAUGGGGGUCUCGAAGAGU